GAAACUUGCUUAAUCUCUUCUUAUUUUAGUUUCUUUUGUCUCGCUCUGGUUAAGUAAAGAAUCUGUCUCUUGCUUUGAAAGCAACAUGGAUGUUCAAAGUUUUCUUCUUCUUGUUUAGUGCUAAACCAAAACAAUAACCGGAUGAGGAUGAUGAUGAAGAAUGUGUUUAGCCGAAUUGAUCUUUCGAGUUUCAUUACAGGUACAAAUGAACAUACGUGGCAACCAACAUUGUCUGCAGAGACGAACAUCCCAAGUUACUGGCUUAACUGGAGAUUCUUUGUCUGCGCAAUCUUCGUCUUAACGUCCCUGUUUCUAUCUUCUUUCCUCAUUUGGAAAUACGAAGGAUCUAUAGAAGGCAAGAAACGUGGUGCUGAUGAUCAAAGAGAACCAAUAGGAGUUGUGUACGAUGACGAGACUUGGAAUACUUGCGUGGCAAGGAUUCAUCCUAAUUGGCUUUUAGGUUUUCGAGUUUUUGGUUUCAUUGUGCUUCUUGGACUCAUCUCUGGUAAUGCAAUUGCUGAUGGAGCCAGCAUCUUCAUCUUCUACACACAAUUGACUUUCAUAUUGGUCACAAUCUACUUUGGGCUUGGAGCCUUGGUGUCCAUACACAGAUAUAAAUCUGGUGAGAACUGUCUGAACGGAGUCAGUACAGUUGAUGAAGAGCUAGAGUCGUAUAGACCUCCAGUGAACAGUAAUGUGUUUAAAUCUUCUAACGGACACGAGAGACACAACAGGUCUACUCGUCAAAUUGCAUCUAUAUUGGGUUACAUCCAUCAGAUUCUUUUCCAAACUUGUGCAGGAGCUGUAUUGCUUACAGAUGGUGUGUUUUGGUUCAUUAUAUUCCCUUUUCUCACAUCCAAAGAUUUCAGUCUCGAUUUUUUCAUUACGGUUAUGCACUCAAUCAAUGCUGUCUUUCUCCUAGGCGAAACUUUCUUGAACUCUCUGCGAUUCCCAUUGUUCAGGGUUUCAUACUUUGUAGUAUGGACCGGUGUAUUCGUGCUAUUCCAAUGGAUUGUUCAUGCUUGUGUCUCCUUUUGGUGGCCAUACCCAUUCUUGGAUUUGUCAUCACCCUAUGCCCCUUUAUGGUAUGCUGCUGUUGGGUUGAUGCACUUACCAUGCUUUGGAAUCUUUGCUUUGAUCGUGAAGUUGAAGUACAUAUGUCUCUCAAAAUGUUUCUCAGAAGAACCAUAUAGUAAUAGAUAAUAUACUUAAAUGUUUAUAGUACAGAGUACAGUAAAAAGAAAAAUGUUAAAGACUCUCAUGUACAAGUACAGGUUCACCGCUCAUGCCUUCUUUAUCAAAAUUUUCUAUUGUAAAUAAUGACAUUCAAAGUUAGUUUUGAAGGAACAUAUAAAUCACUUAUAUAGUCACCA